GGAGGUCAGUCGUCGCUGACCGGCUUCGCUGGAGGACGGUUUGUGGUGGCCUGCGAAUGCUGGGAGUAAAAUUGCGUGUCAUGUUGGCUUGGGGUUUAGUCAACCAGCUUCACUUUGUAAAAUUGGAAUGCUAAAGAAAAAUUACAGAUUUUGAUAUUGAAGAAAAUGAAGAGAAACCUUAAUGAAAAUUCAACUCGAAGUACUGCAGGCUGUUUAUCUGUACCAUUGUUCAAUCAGAAAAAAAGGAACAGACAGCCAUUAACUUCUAAUCCACUUAAAAAUGAUCCAGGUAGCAGUUCUGCUUCUGACAGUUAUGAUUUCCCUCCUCUUCCAACAGAUUGGGCCUGGGAAGCUACAAAUCCAGAGUUGGCUUCUUUAACGAAAACAGUGAACACAAGGCAAAUACCACCGUCAGUUUCGUGUCCCUUGAAAAGUCAAGGUUCUAUGCCUAAAUCUAUUCAGUCAAAUACUGAGAGAAGCCAACAUGGUUGGAGCUAUAGAAAUGACAACAAAAAUACCAGCAUGAAAACUUGGGAUAAAAGUGAUUUUAGGCCUCAACAUAAAAGAACAAGUCUAGUGAAAAAUGAUGAAAUAUAUUCUAUUCCAAUGAAUUUGGGAGCUCAGCAACAAAAACAAUUAGGAAUAUAUGAACCUCAUAAUUUAAUUCAUCACAGAGAAACUGAGAUGCUCAGACAAACACAUUCAUCAAAAAUAUCUGACUAUAAAAUAAAAAGCCAAAACAAAAGCAGCAUAUUACAGACGUUUAAGUCUAAUUUUCAAGAAAAUCAAUUUAAGAAACAAAUGUUGGAUGAUUUUCCAGAAGAAAACACUACGAAGGAAAUCCCCUUGUGUCAGUUACAAUUUAAGAAAAAAAAUAAUUCUUUAAGAAUUAUUUCUGCUGUUAUUGAAAGCAUGAAAUACUGGCGUGAACAUGCACAGAAUGCUGUACUUCUUUUUGAAAUAUUAGGAGGCCCGGCUUCCCUGCCUGUCAGCCACAGCUUGAUCAAAUUGCGCUGGCUAGUUGUUCCCGCUCACCGCUGCGCCCCAGGGAGUUGCGGAGGAGGCAGCCUACGCAGGAGUCGGUCGCUCCUCCCGGCCACCGUCAGGCUCUGGGAUCUGGGUUAGGCCAGCCUAGGGAGUCCGCGAGCAGCGUCCCUCCGGCUAGGCACCUUUCACCAAUCCCGUCCGAGAGGGAAGUGUGCGGCUGCAGUUGCCACCGCGCCCUGCUCUUACAGGACUGCCCGCGCCCAGAAAAACCUCCGCUGGAGUCAAACUGCGGUAGGGAGUCAGUUCCUCGCUCACCUCGCCACCAGUCAGCCUUCCUCCCUGUCCGUCGCGUUUCCGACUCCGUUCGGAGACUCCCGUUCCCAGAGCUCGGUAGUCGCGUCUCUCCUUGCCGAGCCGCUGGCCGCCGGGCGGCGGGAAAUCCAGACCGCGGUUUCCGAUGGCGCGGGAACUACUCCCGUUCCCAGAGCUCGGCGGUCGCGUCUCUUCUUGCCGAGCCGCUGUGGAGGCGCCGGCCGCCGGACGGCGGGAGAUCCAAACCGCGGUUUCCAAUGGCGCGGAGUCGAGCCUCCACACCGAGAUUUUUCUGUUCCUAUUUUAGCGCCAGGACUGUAUUCCAAGUUGGAUUCUCUCAGCCCAGUUCGUUCCUGAGUCAGCAGAGCAUAUCUCUACUGGUUCGUAUCUCCUUAGUCCGCAUCAUUCCUGGCCUCUGAGCCGAGUCUUUAGAGAGCAUUCAGUAGUUGCUGUUGUCUGUCCGCCAUGUUCUCUCAGUCCUCUACCUAAGGAAUCUUGAAGAAAAAUAAAGUUUGUAAAAGAUCAUGGAUUAUUAGAAUUUUAUUCAGUUUGUGGACCUGUUACUGAUUUAUGUGAAAUAAGUAUUAGUUUAUUUAUAGUAGUAUUCUUGUGAUCCCUCUGUUAAAACUGAGUAAACUCUUACAGGUAAUCCAACUUAAUCCCUUGCAUUACAGAAGACAUGGCCAAAUAAUUGAAAUUAACUGAACUAAAAUCACAGUUAGUUGGCAGCAGAAAUGGUUGUAGAGCCUGUUUCCUCAUUCUUAGUCUAGCAUUCUUUGUUACUAAUUUUGUAUAUAAGUUAAAUCAUAUAUUGAGAGAUCUAAAGCACAUUUACGAAGCAUACUGAUAAGAGAAUCUUAUAAUUUAAUCUUUUUCCUAAAUUAAUAUUUUAAGAAGGGAGGCUUUUACAGAAUAUUUCUGGAAUUUGAUUGUAAAAAAAGGUAAAACAAGGUAUUGAGAUUCAAAACAUCUCUUUCCAUUGUUUGAAAUCAGUAACACUUAAAUUAUUAAGUAACCCAAACAUGGAAAAAUAUAGAAAAUAUAAUCAGUAUACAUAUACCCAUAUCAUAGUUGUAAAGUCCCCUAUGUAUUUGCUUCUCUAGAGGUAACCACUAUAGUAUUUCUGUCUAUGGUCUAUGGUAAUUUUAUAUAUCUGAUUCUUUAAUUUGCUUUAUAUUAUUGUUUUAUAUGCUAUAAUUAGUCCUCCUACCUAACAAAAAUUUUUGCUAGUCCCUAAAGUAUUUUAAAAAUUGCUUUUUAAAAAUAGUGCCUGGGAGUUGGGCGUGGUGGUGCACACCUGUAAUCCCAGCACUUGAGAGGCUGUGGCAGAAGAAUUUCCAGAGUUUGAGGCCAGCCUUAGCUACAUAGUUCAAAAACCAGCCUGACCUGCAUAGAGAGUCUCUGUCUCAAAAAAACAAAUGAACAACAGCUACAAAAAAAAAAAUAGUGCUUGUGGUAGGCAGAAUAAUGGUCCUCAAGAUGUCUAUGUCCUAAUUCUUGAAACCUGUGAAUGUUAUUUGCAAGAGGGAAUUUGUUGAUGGUGUUAAAUUAAGGACCUAAAAUGGGAAGAUGAUCUUGGAUUAUCUCGGUGCAUAUACCAUAAUCACAAGGAUCCUUAUAAAAGGAGUAGAAAGACCAGCAGCUGUUUGUGGAUUUACAGGACUUUUAGCUGACUUUUAGCUGUCAGGUACGCAGUCUCCAAAUUGGCUCCCGUAGACUCAUCACCAGGCCUGGAAAUAAAGCCUUUGCUUCCCAAAUUAAAAAAAAAAAAAAAGGAGUAGAAAGGUCAGAGUCAGGAAAGAAUUGGAAGAUGCUACUCUGCUGGCUUUGAGAUGAAGAGUCUCCAUCAGAGAAUCAGAAUGUAGGCAGAAGCUAAAAGUCUCUAAAAUGAGCAUUCUUGCUGAUAUUUUAGAUUUAUACAACACUAUCAUGUUCUUAGGUAAGUUUCUUCUAGUUACUGUUUCCCAGAAAUUAACAAAUGACUCUUUGCAUGUCAUCAUUUCUUACUGGUAGCAUGCCUAUCACUGGAGCCAUGAACUAUGUAGCUGGGAAAUGGAGUAUGCUGAUUGGCUUAAGUCAGCUCCAGGUCAUAUCUGGAAUUUGGUGGUGGUUGGACAAAUCUUAUGGCAAAGAAUGGAAUACGAUAGGUUUCUGAAAGGAAAAUCUGGGUCUUAUAAGGGGAAAGUUAGGCUGAAUUCAAAAUAACAAAUGCUACCAGUACUCAGUAAGUAGCUGUUAAAAAAUACAUAAUGCUAUUUGAUAAAUUUCUAGAGAUAAAUAUGAAUUAGGAUUUGCAUUUUAUAGAUGAAGAAAUGGCUUUGAAGGAAGUUAAGCAAUUUGCUCAAAGGAAAGGAAAUGGAAAGAGUAGAUUGAAUGGUGUAAACUUGCAGUUAUACAGGAUGAAGGUUUAGAAAUCUCAUGUACUACAAGAGAACUAUAGUUAAUUAAUAUUGAUGCAUUGUAUAUUGAACGUUUGCUAGGUGCCCUUACCUCACAUGAAAAGGUAACCAUGGAAGGUGUUGAAUAUGUUAAUUUGGUUAACUAUAGUAACGAUUUUACAUUUUUAUACUUGCAUGUCUAUAUAUCCUCUUUUACUUUCGUAGUAAAAAUGAAGCAACAAAUUUGUUCAAAGUUAAAAUAUUACUAAGUUACAAAACUGGAUUAGAGUGCAUGAUUUCUUAUUCUAAUUCAAUUUUUUUCAUUUAACUGAUUAUUUGGGUGUAAAUAACAUAAUGUAUUUCAUUGUCACAAGAUAGUAGAUUGGUCUGCAGAAUCUUAAGAAAAAUGUUUCAGAUGGCCAAACAUUGCUAAUUAUGUGAACUUGAUGUACAAUCUCUUCCUAAGUUGAAGAGGCUAAAAAUUUUUUCCAGUAUAAAAUUGUUUCAGAAAUGCCAUUUCUUUUAAAAAUAGCUUAUUAUUAUAUAAGAAGAACUGAAAGGUUAAUGUGGGAACAUUAUUUGACUGUUCAGUUUGUUAAAUUUUAUUUGUAUUUUACUAACAUUUGUUCCUCCCAUUUCAAU